UUGGCAUAAAUGACAGCAUAGUCUAUGUAUAGUUAAUAGUGGUGACCUGGCCAGUGGCACUGUUUGCACAAAACCGCACUACCUCAAGCAAAGUGGCUAAGAAAAGCUGGAUCGGUUUGCAUCGGAUUAGCUGUGACCCCUCUUCCCGAAUCAAUCAAAAUACAUCUAUGAAGAUCCAGUACAAGGAGACUUGUUUUACUUCUCAGGCUUAUAAAGGGUAAAUUAUUUGUUAUACCUUGUUAUCAUUUGCAUUUAAUGUGUUUGAAAUAUGAUUUGACUAAACCAUCUAACGGAACUGAUCUGUGUUUAAUAGGAUUUCAAUUUUCUUGCUCUUGAUUUUAGAAGUUCAAGAGCAUUAUAGAAUGGCCCUCACAACUUUAAACCGGUUAAAUCUAACUAUCACUUGGCAUCUUAAGCGUUAUCCUGAUGUUAUUCAGAGCAUCAGAUCUAGUUAAGUCUGUAAAAACGUUUUCACAUUUAAUCAUAAAUAUUCUUUACAGGACCAUCAGGACUGCUCAAAUAUCAACAAACACAGGUGUUUAAAUACUCCUGGAGGAAAAUGAUUUCUCAUUAAUCUUGCUGCAUGGCUGGAGUAAGAUAAAAGCUUUUGGAAGAACAGCUUUGGAUACCUUUGCAAUGACUGAGUGGACACAUUUUAAAUACAUAUGAAACCCAUAAGAUGAAGACCCCCCCCCCCCCGUUGGAAAAUUAACUGAACAUUACCGGUUUGCUUAAGUUUAUCCUCAAGGAGAAACAAUGCACCUAACUUCUGAAAAUCCUUAGUUCAGUGUCCUGGCAACACCUAUGCAAAUAGUCUAUGAAACGUGUGCUUUAGAAAGUAACUCUUUUAGUAACAGAACAUGUGCUUCUCUGUCUUCUCUCUGCCUCCACCCCAGGACCAAUUUAUAAACGGGGCUGGCUAACAGCCCCGCAAUAAUGACCGUGGAAUGAGGCAAACCUCCCACUGUAGCAUAAGGAGAAAUAGAAGAAUUUCCAUAUGCUUUCUCUUCAUUUCUGGAUGGCUGGGGGUCGGGCUGCAGCUGCUGCCCUUGCUGCUACUUCUGUUACCAACGGCAUUCAGACUGACAGCUUUCAGUGCCAAACCAACAACUGUACUCAGGAGCUCCUGAACAAGACAGUGGCAGCGGCAGCAGGAACAGCAGUGGCAGCCAUCUCCACCCCAGCCCGGCCGGGACACACUCUUGGGUCCACCGCUACCACUGAACAGCGAGGAGCGAAGCUGGGAACUACCCUGCAGGAGACACGUGUGUGUCCGCUGGCUUUGCAGUCCCGGGUCCAUAUCUCUGCCUAUUCCCUUCAUCCUCGGCCACAUGCUGACGGGAUAAGCAUGGAAGCCCUCUCAAAGUCGCCCGGCGAGCGAGCCACUAGCCACAGUAAAGGGGGAGCGGGAGCGAAGGACAGCAGGAUGAAAAGCCGCCCUGCAGAGCCAUUCACCACAAUCACUUCCAAGGAAUCGACCUACGUGGAGAUUCAGGAUUUCCCCCGAGGGAGGGAAGCCAGUCCCCAGACCCUAAAGCUGACUUUGGCAGGGAGCGGAGGAAAAGUGGCCUUUCUCAGCCCUAAAAUCGGAGCUUGUGAGAUCAGCGCUGUUAGCUGCUCGGCUCACAACGCGCUGGCAGCGACAAGUGGAAAUCCAGCAUCCUUGACCCGUGACUCUAAACCAGAGGCCAGCCCAGGAUCCCUUGGGAGGAAGAGUAAUGAGGCGGGGAGGUGCAGGGCUGGCUCCAACUCGGGCGGAUCUAAUGAAAACACUUCGUCUGGACUCCCCAACACGCAGCUUUACCCGAGCGGCUGCCCGGAGUCGUCAUCCUCUUGCCCAUCCCCGGUGAACAAGGCAAGCGCGUUCCCCAAAACGGACGACACCGCAACCGAGGGCAAAACCUCCUCCUCUUCCUUUGGGUACGAAAGCGACGAUGACGAGGAUGCGGACUGCAAAGCAAGAGGGGGGAGCCGGGGGGCUUCCCAGCCCACCGACUGCAGCGAGACCAGCCCUGCUAACGAUGAGGCGCAUUACAUUACCACGCACGAAAUCCAGCUCAGCGAGGUGGACCACGACAUGGACUUUGACUUUGGCCUGGCCUCCAGGUGGGACUUUGAAGACAACAAUGUGAUCUACUCCUUCGUGGAUUACGCCUCCUUUGGGAGCGACGAGACCCUCGGGGACACGCAGACGGAGGAGGACAAUAGCUGUUAUCUCAGCACGACCAGCGAUGCCAAUAACCAGACGGACAGCAUCGAUAAUACCAGCAGUACGGAGAUAGUCAGCAUUAACUCUGAAAACGAUACCCCCAGCACAGACAAAUGCGCCAGCUCGGAAGAAAGCCAGCCCAAGAACCCCGGCCACAUGAGUGAGAACCCAGCUGCAAGCCACAUUCUCCUAUCAAUCAAACCGACUUCCCGGGCUAUAAAUGAGCUUAGCAACCUGCAUGAGAAGCAAAACAUUAUUUACGCUGCCAAGCAUGAAGGCGACAUGAGCCUCCGUGUCUCCACAGCUCCCGAACGCAAAGCCAGUUUCAAACAAGACGCGAUUCAUGACCAGGCAAAAAAAUUUAUCGCUGUCCCCGCGCGUUUGCAAACCCAGUGUGGAGCCAUAAGGGCGAAGGAAGUGGGAGGAUAUGCCAGCGGUGCCUCCAGCGCGGUCAGCGAGCUGGAUGAUGCGGAUAAAGAAGUGCGAAACCUGACGGCCCGAGCUUUCCGGAGCUUGGCUUACCCCUACUUUGACACGCUGAACUUCAGCUCCAGGGAGUCCUCCGCGUCCCUUUCGGAUCAGGCGCUGGGGAUCAACCGAUGGUCCACCUAUUUAGACCUGAAGUGCGGCAAUCUCGGGCAGAAACCGGAGCAGAACCUGUUAAAGAGCAGCGCCGAACCUACCGGAUGGCACAGAAGCGCUGGAGCGAAGACAUGCAGUGACCAGUUCUACAUUCGCUCCAACAAAUCGCAGACAAAAGCCCUAGAGUUCGUGGUCAGCAAGCUCGAUGGGGAAAUAACCCACGUGGAAACGCCAGCGUGCUUCGAGAAGCGGAUCCAGUCGGGCUCCCGGGUUGUAACUUUAUUGGAGACGUUGAAUUUUAGCAGCAAUGUUAAUGCUGGUGUCCCCAGACCCGCGAAACGUCUUGGACAUGCUGCCGCAGGGGCAGGUUGCGCAGACGAGAUUCCGGAAACGCUGCCCAGGGAGCUGGGCCAGGAGGCCAGCAAACAAACCGGGCUGGCCGCGGCAGAAGUCCCGGAGGGCACCUCGAAUAAAUCGAAAUUCGCCUCCAGUCUCCUCAAGAAUGUCAUCUCGAAGAAAAUGCAGCGGGAGCACGAGUUCAAAAUGGAGAGGGGAGAGAUCACAGACACUUCGUACAAGGGGCUGGCCGCGUCCUUGCCUGGCAAGGAGCAGGAGGGCUCGGCCAGGGAGAAGCUGAAAGAUGGGGGCAUGCAGCGGCAGAACUCCAGGUAUUCCGAGGGCAGCUCUGACUACACGAUUGUGACCGCAGAGGACCCGGGGGACUUUUCUGACAGCAAGUCGCCGACCUCCAAGGCGUCUACCCCUCGCCUAGACCGACCUCUGUCGGAAACGCGCCUGGAGGACGUGUGCGAAAUUAAGAAGAGCGCCUCGGAGGCCAUCAAAGCGACCUUCCUCCGCAGCCAGAACAGCGCGUUCAGGUCCUGGAAAGAGAGAGAGGCAGAGAAGAAGAAAGAAGAGCGAGCUCCCAUCGGGAAACUUCAGUUCUCCUCCGCCAAGUACGACUGGCGGGCCGAUCUGGGUGAGAUCUCAACCAGCAAGUGCACUAAAAUGUCUCGUCUCUUCGUCCCAAACAUUCAGCGCACCCCCACGGGGAAGCAGCCUGGCACGCAGGUGACAAAAUACUCCACAGCCACCUAUGCGGCUCGGGCUGGCACCCCCGUAAAGCCCAGAGCCCCCGAGAUCAAGAUCAGCCUGGGCAGCGUGCAGCCAAGCAAGGAUCACCCCUUUGACAUCGCUAAGCUGCUCACCCCCAAACUAGCCGCGACCGCACCGACCCUUCUCAAGGCAGCGGAGGAGCCCCGAGGCCAGGCGCAGAAGGCAUUCAAAGCGGACGGCCUGGACAAGGUGCCGCAAUUCCUGGUGCGCGAUAUAAGAGAAAACAAGCCUAAAGCCCCCGGGCCCAUUCACCAGGUAAGAGACGUCAGGAAACUGAUCAAGAGCUCGUACGGCCACGACUCGGGCGAUACCAACAGCGACAGGAGCAGCGCGCUCUCCGACCAGGGCAGCGCUGAGCAGAAACCGAGGCAGCUGGCCAUAGCGGGGAUCCCCAGGGCUCUGUCUCCCAUGGUGAUAACCUGCCAGGCGGUCAGUAACAGCAGGGAGGACAAGGGGCCGGGCGAGGCGGGGGGCAAGGUGCUGCCUGCCACGGCAGAGGGGACAAUCCUGGUGCACAGGACCUCCGGGAGGCUGCCCGUGGCCACCAUCGCCCCCAACAAGAGCGACCGCCGCUUGCCCGCCGUACUGAAAAUCGUGUCCAAAGCCUCCGCACCCUGGCGGCGGCAGCAGCCGCCGCCCGCACCCGCUCCCGCUGAGAAAGGCAAGGGGGCGGACGAGGAGCCGCCCAGCCGCAACGCGCUAGAGAAGCUGACGGCUGCGGUGCGCAGCAUGGAGGAGCUGUACAGCUUCAGCAAGCACGAGUGGAAGCGCAAGAGCGACCCGCGGCCCAUCACCGACAGCCACGUGCUCUCCCUCAUCGCCAGCCAGGAGCGCGGGGCCGCGGGGCCAGCCGAGGCCAGGAGCGCGGCCCCGCCCCCGCCAGCCCCCGAGCGCCAGCCCCGCCCGGGUUCUGGCCCCAAGUCCGACAAGGUCUCGGCCAGGGCGGCCGCGUUCGAGAGCCUGGCGCGGGAACGGCCCCGACCCCUGCCCGGGCCCCGGGGGGAGGCGGGCGCGGCGCACAGAGCCCCCGGCCCGCAGCCGCCACGAAGCAGCGUCUUCACCAUCAGCUCCGCGCAGAAGGCGGCGGCGGCCGCCCCGGCCAAGCUCCCCGCCGCAGCCUCGCCGCUCCGCAGCCUGAAGGGCCAGGCCGGGCCGGGCCCGCGCUCCCUCAAGCUCCCCGCGGCCGCCGCCGAAGGGAAGGGGCCUGGUGAAGCCGAGAAGGGCGCGGCCGGGCCCGACUGCGGGGACUACCUGGCCAUGCCGCUCAAGGAGCCGCCGGCCGCGGGAGGAGGCGGCGGCCACCCGGGCCCGCUCUCGGCCUCGGCGGCCGCCGCCGCCCUCCAGGCCAUCAGCGCCGCCAAGAGCCGGGGCAGCCUCAGCCCCAAGCAGCCCAGCCCCGCCGCCCCGCCCGCGGCCGCCCCGGAGCUGCCGCCCGCCGCCAUCUAUCAUCAGCCGCUGCCGAUGGCCGCCCUGCACGGCGCGCAGCCCCCGCCGCUGCUCUGCUUCUCGCCGCCCUCGGCCGCCGAGCCCUUCCCGCCGACGCAGCGCAAGGUGCUGCUGGACCUGAGCACUGGCCAGUACUACCUGGUGGACGCGCCUGUGCAGCAGCCCCUCAAGAAGAGGCUCUUUGACCCCGAGACCGGGCAGUACGUGGAGGUGCCCAUGCCCCAGCAGCCGGCCAUGGCCCCGAUGCCGCUCCCCAUCUCCCCGCUGGCGCUCAACGCGGGGCCGUAUGGCGCCACCUACAUGAUCUACCCUGGCUUCCUACCCACCACCAUGCUGCCAGCUACUGCCCUGCAGCCCCAGCUCUCCCUCCCGGGCAGCGACGUCAGCGCCCCUGCCGGGACCAGCAGCCCAGGGGCAGCACUGCGGGGAGGAGGAGGAGAGGCCACUUUUGUGGAAAGUCCUUAUUAUAUCGCCACGGGCAAAUCCCAGUCGUCAGCCGCCACUGCCCAGCUCAGGGCGGCAGAGGGGAAGCCGGUCAUCAGCAUCACAUCUCAGCAAAUGGGGCCAAGGCUAAUUGCCCCGCCCUCCUUUGAUGGUACCACCAUGAGGUUCGUGGUGGAGCACAGAUGAUAAACCAAGGAGGCUACUGGAACAAGGAAGAAGAUUUAUCCUCCUCCUUUAAUAUGAAACAUGGUAACACUAAGCAUUCAUCCUUAAAAACUGCUUCCACAGUUUUCUCAUUUUUUGCUUCAUACAAAACAAGUGUGCACAAAUUGAAAUUAUCCUCAGGAUGAAAUGCACUGCACGUAUACAGGUAGUGAGUGAUUUAACAUAUGCUGUUCUCAUUUACCUGCAUCAUUGUGGAAAUCAGGUGAAAGAAAUAAUGUUUUACCACUUUAAGAACUCUGAAGUGCACAACUAGAAUAUAUAGCAUGUAAAGUUCAUCCUUGUGUUCCUCAAUAAUGUUGCCUAGAUUUAUAAGUUUUACAUUUUUAUCAGAAUUUUACUUUUCUGUUCAGGUGUCUUUUAAAGAAAAUGAAUGCAUCUUUGCCGUUUUCAUGAAUGAUAAUGAUAAAAGUCUAUAUAUGUUAUAAAUAGGAUUUCUGUGUUAUAUGAAACAGACAGUACUUCAGACUGCAGGACAGUAUAGCUACCAAAGUAGAUUGACCAUAGUCACACAAAUAUAUGUAUGGUACACACACUAUAAUACUAGCAUCUGCAUUUAAAAAUAUUAGCGACAUCAUACCUUUUUCUAUAACGGUGCUCAGAGAGGAGUUUCACAUUACAGUUUACAAGAUGUAGGUUUGCACACACAAACUCUCAGGGUUUACAGUUUUGCCCAGUGUACUUGAAAGAAAAAAAAUGGUGCCCUGUAUUUCAAAAAAUAUUUGUAGUAAAUGUUUUUGUUAAACUACCUGUAAAAAAUGAAAGCAAUAACAUGAAGCAGUAUCAACAAUUAUCUGUUUUCUCAGGGGAAAUCUCUUCAAUAGAAUGUUUGACAUUAGGAUUGAAACAGUGUUUGCUUAAUUUUGUCUGUUAAUAUUAAACAGACUACAUGUUUGCAUAAAGUGUCAGUUAUGCAAGGUGUUGUGUGCUUUGGUCCUGAUCCAGCAAAGCGCUUGAGUAUGUCUUUACCCUAAGCACUUGAGUAGCCCCACUGACAUGUUUAAUUAAGCAUGUGCUUUGGUGCUUUGCCUUGUUGGAGCCAGAACUCUCAGCAUCCUGCAAGAUGGAGCCCUAGGUCCUUCACAUUAUGUGUAUACAAAUAGUACUCCAGGUUUGAGUCUGACAUGAAAUGUGCAGGCAUACAUUGCUUUAUGGUGCUUAUGCGUGCUUACCCAGUGGUGAAUUUGUCAAGUUAACGUAGUCAUGUGUAACCACAUAUCUUAGAUUAGAAUCAAGCCCUCUGUGUCAGGUUCACAAGCUGUUAGUAUUGUAUGUUUCAUAUUGUGGUCAUAGUACCUUAGGGUGAAAUUCACCCGUCUGUAGAGAAUCAGCACAAAACCCAGGCACUGCUCAAGUUCCAUGUAAGCCUUGUGGGCCUGAUCCAAAGUCCUCUGAAGUCAACAUAAAGAGUCCUGUUGAUUGCAGUGGAUUUUGAAUCACAUCCUGCUUGAAGGCUUAAAUGAGACUUGAGCGGUCCUUGUGUUAAUAUGCAGUGCAGGAGGGUGAAUUUCACUCUUUUUAGAAUUAUUGGUACAUACUCACUUCGGUGAAUAAUUUUAAAGGUAUAUUUAUGGGUUGUGUGUUUAUUCCCAUCUGCAUUUGAAGAUGAGUUUACUAUGUAGUGGUGAUGGCCAGAGUGUCAUUCCUUUUCGUAGAAGUUACCAUAAACUUGUGGCUACCUGAGAAUUCAUACAGUACUUUAAAACAUGCUUGAUGUGGAAGAUGAUCUUUUUUUUUUUUUUGGCGGGGUGGGGGGACGCAUCAGUAUUAAGGCAUUGAACAGCGCAAAUAUGAAAUAAAGACAAUGAUUGUUAAAGAGAAUGUGAGUGGUAUGUUUGAUUAGAGCAUAGUGGAUUACAUUGUAAAUGGUAAAGGCAGAGUGUUAUGAAGGAUUUGUAAUGACAAUGUAUUAUUGCCAGUGGAAAAAGGGAAGAUAUAUACAUGGAGAGAAUUUGACUCUUUAAAUUGCUUUCAACCUAGACAACAUUUUGGCAAGUUCCUAGCUGAAGUCUGAAGUGAUCACAUUACAGAAUGCUGUGAGCUUGGAAUUUAAGGACAAAAACUACAGCAAAAAAGCUCUGAGAAUUGCACUAACUGUGUGUUGCACAAGGCAACAAUUUAAUUAGAUGUGAAUCAUGUGAGAAUGGACUGUUUUAAACCAUUGAAUACCGAAGUUUGUAAUUCAUUGGCAAAUAUCUGCAUAUGUUUUUUUUGAAUGUUAUGACAAAUGAAAUGUAUUUUUCAGUAAAAGACACAUUGCAAACAA